UUAUAUAGAAUAUGGCGGCUAGUUUGAUAAAAGAGAGGACUCUAAUAUUUAUUUUAUUUAGUCUAAGCUUAACGAAAUUAGUACUAGCCCAUAGUGAUCAACAUGAAACAGAAUUUUGCAACACUGAAGCUGAGGGAAAAUGUUCUAAAACAAACACCGAACAGUUAGCUGAGAUGAAAUAUCGGAAAGAAGAAAACACCAGAUGGAGCCACUAUCUGGAGAAAUUAGAACAGGCCCUUAAAGAAUAUGAGCCCUGCAAUGCAACUGAUUGCUCCUGUCAUACAAGUGUAAUCAGCAGAGAUCUGGCACCUUGGAAGAAGAAGGGGAUAUCUCAGGCACUUAUUCAGGCAGCAAAGGAACGAGGAACUCACUAUCAGAUAAUAAACCACAAACUGUACAGGGACUCUGAAUGCAUGUUUCCUUUCAGGUGCAGUGGAGUAGAAUAUUUCAUUCUGAAACUUGUUAAGAAACUUCCAGACAUGGAAUUUGUACUCAACACUAGAGACUGGCCACAAGCUAACAAACAUUGGUCACCACUUCCCAUUCUGAGCUUUAGUAAGACUGACCAGUACUGGGACAUCAUGUAUCCAGCCUGGACGUUUUGGGAGGGUGGCCCAGCUAUAAGUUUGUAUCCUACUGGGAUUGGAAGAUGGGAUCUUCAGAGAACAAUUAUUACCAAGGAAGCCGAGAAAUGGCCUUGGGAAAAGAAAAAACCUAUUGCUUUCUUCCGUGGGUCCCGAACAAGUGCAGAAAGAGAUCCAUUAAUCUUGAUGUCAAGAGAAAGACCGGAUCUUGUAGAUGCCCAGUACACUAAAAAUCAAGCAUGGCGAUCCGAGAAGGUAGAGUUUCAUAAUAUAAGUAAGGUUUAGAACUUGUUACUGUUAAUAUAAGUAAGGUUUAGAACUGGUUACUGUUAAUAUAAGUAAGGUUUAGAACUGGUUACUGUUAAUAUAAGUAAGGUUUAGAACUGGUUACUGUUAAUACAAGUAGGGUUUAGAACUGGUUACUGUGUUAAUAUAAGUAAGGUUUAGAACUUGUUACUGUUAAUAUAAGUAAGGUUUAGAACUUGUUACUGUUAAUAUAAGUAAGGUUUAGAACUGGUUACUGUUAAUAUAAGUAAGGUUUAGAACUGGUUACUGUUAAUAUAAGUAAGGUUUAGAACUUGUUACUGUUAAUAUAAGUAA